AUGAAGAUUGAAGAAACAUUCAGAAUGAAACAUGAAGAUACUGGGACACACACCGAGAUGGUGUUUAUUAAAGUGGAGAGUGAAGACAUAAAGAUUGAAGAAACAUUGACAGUGAAACAUGAAGAUACUGAGGAACAAACAAAGAUGGCGUUUAUUAAAGAGGAGAUUGAAGACAUAAGGAUUGAAGGAACAUUCAGUGUGAAACAUGAAUAUACUGCGGAACAAUCAAAGAUGGCGUUUAUUAAAGAGGAGAUUGAAGACAUAAGGAUUGAAGGAACAUUCAGUGUGAAACAUGAAGAAACCGAGGAACAAAAGAAGGAGCUGUUUAAUAAAGAGGAGAGUAAAGACAUGAAGAUUGAAGAAACAUUCACAGUGAAACAUGAAGAUACUAAGGAACAAAAAGAUCUGAUGAUGCUAAAAGAGGAGAUUCGAGAUCCGAAUGAUACAGUAGAGAAAGAUCAGUUUGAGAAACGUGAUAUCACAACUGGAGAAAAGUCAUUAAGUUGCUCACAGACAGAACAGGCUUCACCAAAAAGAGCUCAAAAGACAGCAAAUAGAAGUUAUUUCACCUGCCAACAGUGUGGAAGGAGUUUCACUCAAAAAGGACAUCUUAAAACUCACAUGAGAAUUCACACUGGAGAGAAGCCAUACACAUGUCCACAGUGUGGAAAGAGUUUCACACAUAAAGGAACCCUUAAUACCCACAUGAAAGUUCACACUAGAGAGGGCCCGUUCACCUGCAAACUGUGUGGAAAAACCUUUAAUCGAAAAGGAAAUCUAAACACUCACAUGAGAAGUCAUGCUGAAAAGAAGCCAUACACAUGUCAACAGUGUGGAAAGACUUUAACACAUAAAGGAGCCCUUUAUUGCCACAUGAAAGUUCACACUGGAGAGGACCCUUACACCUGCAAACUGUGUGGAAAAACCUUGAGUCGAAAAAGAAAUCUUAAAAAACACAUGAGAAUUCACACUGGAGAGGAGACAUACACAUGUCCACAGUGUGGAAAGACUUUAACACAUAAAGGAGCCCUUUAUUGCCACAUGAAAGCUCACGCUGGAGAGGGCCCUUUCACCUGCAAACUGCAAACCUUUGUCUCCAGAGAUGACAUUUGA